CUCGCUCGCCAUUCGUGCCUGCGCUCAACACACACGCGUCCCUCACACCCUCGCCGUUCCCGCCCAGCAGCCCUAUCUGCAUCAGGGGCCGCCCGACAUGCUUCAUGACGGCCAUUUCUCAUCUCAUCGUGUCGCACAUAAAGCGCCCGACCCCUCAUCAUUAUCUUAUCACACGCCCACGGCGCAGGCUGCACCUGCGCUUGAUAUGACCCCAGCCUGCGCACCCGCGGAACCCGUCUUGGAGUGGGACUGGGACGUCGAGCACGACGACCGGAAGCGCGAGGCCAAGGCCGAUGCGGCCCAGCAUAACGCCCAGCCGUUCCUCGUCGACCGAAAGAUCCUCAAGGACGUCGUCCGAGAGAAGAUGGAGUGUGAGGUCGCACGGAUCACAUUCCUCAGCUCAGGCACAUUUCACAAGGCCUAUCUCGUCACACUAACCGACAGACGAGAAGUCAUCGCGCGCGUCGCGCGUCGCUUCAUGCCGCGCCUCAAGUCCGAGUCCGAGGUCGCGACCAUGGCCUACGUCCGCACCCACACCAACAUCCCCGUCCCCACCGUCUAUUUUUACGACUCGAAUCCGUACAACCGCCUUGGCGGCGAGUACAUCCUGAUGUCCAGGGCGAAAGGCGUUCCGCUAUCUACCGUGUAUCACAGUCUUCCGCACUCAACGCUCAUCGCGCUGCUCGACAACAUCGCUGCCCUCGUGAUACCCCUCUUCGCCCACAGAUUCUCCGCCGUCGGCUCCUUGUACUUUGGCCCGUCCCCAGGCGCGUCUAGUCCUCAACCACUGCAGGCUGGGUCCUCGAUACCCACGCCCACAUUGACCUCUGUUUAUUUCAGCUUCGGCGUGAUGUCGCCCCUGAGCCCCGCCGCCCUAGCCGCACAGACGCCGAGGUCCGCGCCCCCACACCCCGAGCCCUACCCUUACCCCGCGUUCCCUAGUUCCCCCGAGUUCCACGUCGGCCAGAUUAUCUCCUGGCCGUUCUUCGGCUCGAACCGCGGCGACCUCGCACAUCCCGCGGAGAUCGACCGCGGGCCGUGGCGCAGCGCCCGCGCGUACCUCGACGCGUGCGGCGCCCGCGAGGUGCGCGGCGUAAUCCGCGAGAACGAGGGUAAGGCGGCGCCGCACCGGCUGCACCUCGACCCGGACGAGAUCCGCGCGUCGCGGCACCACCACCUGCAGGCGGUGCCGGAGGACGAGAGCGACGAGAGCGACGAGUGGGAGCUCGAGGAGAGCGAGGAGGAGUGGGACGGCCCAGGGGACGCGAUGUACAGGGACUAUAGGCGCAUGCAGCGCAGCACGUUUCUGGUCGCGCAUCUGCACCAGCGGGAGGCGAUCGUCAGGGAGGAGAUGGCGCGGUGGGUGAGGAUGAUGGAGAGGCUCGCGGUCGGUGUCGGCGCGGGGGUCGACCCCGGAGGUGGUGGUGGUGGUGGUGGUGGGGAAGAGGCGUUCGGGCUCGACUGCCACGAUCUGAGCUUGGAGAACGUGUUCGUGGACGAACACGACCACUCUAAAAUCACAUGCGUGAUCGACUGGGAGUCGACGACGACGCGCCCGCUCUGGGCAUGCGCGCACCUCCCCGUGUUCCUCCAAUCGAGCCCCUUCACCGCGCGCCUCUUCCGCGAGGCCGUCGCGAAGCUCGCCGAGGGCGCGCCCGCGCCUCCAUCCUCGUCCUCGGUGGCAUCUGCACCGCCGCUCGGCGCGCUCGCGGCAGAGUGGCUGCGGUGGGAGGCGCUCGGCGCGCCGCUGCGGCUCGCGCACCGGUGCGUCGAGUGGGACGGGUGGGAGGAAGGCCUGGUGGCGAGCAUUCUCGGUGCGGAGGAGCACGAGGACGCGUGGGCGCGCGACGCGCUCGCGGACGCAGCGCGCGCCGCCGCUGCGGCUGCGGCGGCGGUGGCGGUGGCAGACGGGAGCGCGGGCGCGACGGUGAUGGCGACUGCGGCGGCGACGGUGACGGCGUCGCGCGGGGGCGGGUUCGAGUCUGAGGGGGAGGGGUCGGACGGCGAAGGCCCGGGCGGGGCGGGGCACCACGGUGCGCACGGGCACGGGCACGGGCAGCAUAACGGGCACGGGAAGGGGCGCGCGCACGGGAAGGGCGCGCGCAGGGGCGCGGACGACGUGCUGCGGCCGCACGGGGAGGAGCGGCGGCGGCGGCUGCCGCUGCGGGGGCUCGCGCCUGCGACGGCGGAGGAGAAGGAGCGGGAGAAGGCGCUCGCUGCGACGGGGGACUUUUGUGGGGGGCGUGGGGGCGAGCUGGGGCGCCGCCUGGAGGCGCUGUUGACGGUGAAUGGGAACGGGGACGGGAGCGUGAGGCGGGAGGACGUGAAGUGGGAGGGGGGAGGAGGGGAGGAGAGGGAGUACGAGGCGGAACGCGAGUGA